AUGACCGCCACCUCGAUGCAGAUGCACCGGCCGCCAGCUUCUUUAGCGGCAAGAGAGUCGGGCCAUUUGGCGCCUCCGAGAGAAAGUGUCUCUCGUAGAAGGUCCAACUCCCAGUCACAGGUGAUCCCUCAUACAGUUUCGGUCCAGGCCCGAACUCACAGACGGAAUGGCAACGGGGGUGCCAACGGGAGACCAAGUCACACAAGGACGAAGCUGGGCUACCUGUUGCCCGAAAGGCAUCAAUCGGAGUUCUAUGUGACAUUGGUUCCUUUGAAUGAUACCUUUGUAAGGAAACACAUCCAUGUGCCAUACUUUCCAGAAGUGUGCAAAUUGGGCCGUCCCACCGGCACAAAAGUGAAGCCAUCGGUGUCCAACGGGUACUUUGACUCGAGAGUUCUCUCGCGAAACCAUGCUUCUUUAUUCAUUGAACCCAAGUCGGGACAAUUGAUGAUCCAGGAUAUGGGCUCCUCCAACGGCACCUAUGUGAACCAGGAGAAGAUUUCCUCGGAGCCUGUGCCCAUAAAUAUUGGAGACAGAAUUAAUUUGGGGUUCAACAUUCAGGUGGAGACAAGCCAUAAGCAAAUAAGCGCUAUGGUUGAAGAUAUCAGUAUAGUUUCCAACACCCCGUCUGCACCUAUGCUCAGUGGGUUACCCAAACUCACACCAGAGAUAGUGAGCAAAUUCACCGGUGCUGAAAAACGACAUUUAGACUACUUACAGGGGCUUUUCGAGCAGAUCUCGGGAAAGAAACAAGAAGUGGAAGAGGACGAGGCAAACGACCCUUACGGAGGAGUUCUCACCACGAGUAAGUCCUUUGAACUGGGAAUGUUCUCAGACGUGACUCCGUCGAUGGAAGAAGUAUUUUCUGCAACUACAGCGGAGCCUGUCACAAAUGGUAUAUUUGUCAAUUCACGUCUAGUGAGGUCCAACGACUUAGAAUCCACUUUGACUACUUUGGUAUCGAACUUGGCCAAAGUCAAGCAGCAAAACAAUACCCUAAAAUCUCUCCAGACCUUUUUAAGUAAUUACCUGAAGAAGGUCAACGAGAUAAAUGACGAAUACGUCAAGGGCGAAGUCAAGAAGCACGAGCUACGCUUCGUUCUGGAGCUUGACAUGCAACUGACGAAGUUUGAGUCUCGAAUCGCCGAGCAGGUGAGACAGCUCGAAGAGAGAGAAAACAGUAUCCGCUUUCUUGAGUCACAGGUAGAGAAAUUGAAACAUGAGCAUACCGAGCUACAAAAAGAGCUUGAGCUCCAGAGAUUACCAAGUACCCAUAGCAGACAAGGCGUUGAGCCUCAAGAAGACGAUCAAGCAAGAUCAGAAUAUUCAGAAACACCUGGAGCCCCGCGACGCAUCUCCGUUGAUAUAUCCUCAUUCGAUUUCGGUACAGGCAAACUAGUCAAAGAAGGCUCAACCGAUGGGUCUGAGGACGUCGACGAGAUCUCCAAUAGUUCUGAUCUCGGCAGUGAGGACUCAGGCGCUCACAAACACAUACAGAGCAACAAGUUCGCCUCUCCAGAAGGAACGAUCGUGAAAAAUCCAUCAAUGAAUGAAGCUUUUGAGCAAGUGAACCAACUACGGACCAAGGGCGUUGCUGUGGGAUUGGUGAUAAUUCUUGCUGGAUUCGUGUACCAGACUUGCCAUAAGUGA